CGCUGCUGCCGGCGGGAGACUCGUUUCCAUGGUGCCCAGCAAGUGCCGGCCCGGCAGGGGCCCGCGGGCCGCGCCCGGCCCGGUUAACAAUUGUCUACAGCUCGUUAUCCAGACGUCAUCAAUAGCAGAUAAAAACAAACCAUUUGAAUUCAGGAUAAAUAAAGAGCAGUCAUCUUUCCACAACAGACUUCUGCAGCAUGAUCUGGAAAAAAACUAUUCAGGAAGGCAAGAUAACGCAAAUUUUGGGAGCAGUUCAUCAAUAACAUUUCCGGUAUUGCAACGUACAGCUGAAGAAAAAAUACUGAAUUCUGAUAGGCUUACCCUGGAAAGGCAAAAACUGACAGUAUGCCCAAUUAUUGAUGGGGAAGAUCAUCUUCGCCUUCUGAAUUUUCAGCAUAACUUCAUAACUCGGAUCCAGAACAUUUCUAAUCUGCAGCAUCUUGUUUUCUUAGAUUUAUAUGAUAAUCAGAUAGAGGAAAUUAGCGGGCUUUCAACUCUAAGAUCACUGCGAGUCCUUUUGUUGGGGAAGAACAGAUUAAAGAAAAUUUCAAAUCUGGAGAGCUUAAAAAACCUUGAUGUUUUAGAUCUUCAUGGAAAUCAGAUUACUAAAAUAGAAAAUAUCAACCAUUUGAGUGAACUGAGAGUGUUAAACCUUGCCAGAAACCUACUAACCAUUGUAGAAAAUAUUAAUGGACUGGAUUCACUUACAGAACUCAACCUUCGUCAUAAUCAAGUCCGUGCUAUCAAAGAUGUGGAUACUUUACCCUGUCUCCAACGUUUGUUCCUCAGUUUCAAUAAUAUAUCUAGUUUUGAGGAUAUUCUGUGCCUUGCUGAUUCCUCAUCCUUGUCAGAUAUCACCCUUGAUGGCAAUCCAAUAGCUCAGGAGACAUGGUACAAACACACUGUUCUCCAUCAUAUGAUGCAGCUCCGACAGCUAGAUAUGAAGAGAAUCACAGAAGAAGAAAGGCGCAUGGCAUCGGUUGCAGCAAGGAAAGAGGAAGAAAGGAAGCGUGAAAGCCAUAAACAGACUUUGCUUAAGGAGAAGAAGCGAUUAACAAUUUGUAAUAUUGCUCAUCAAUGGGAGAUACAGCAGAAUCGGGUAGCCCUUGUGGCUGCUUUGAAUCCAGAAAAAGACAAUGAACCAUGUCAGAUCAAUGGCAGUGCUGCGUAUGUAUUUCCUGAGGAAAGCAGGUCUCUUGAUACAAUAUUGAGCAGUGCAGUACAAGGCUUGUCUGUUCUAGAGUCUCACUUGGUGGAAGUAGAAGGAGAUACUCUUUACUUGUAUGGUUCUGGAGCACUGGAGUGCCUAGAACGAAACUGGAGUGUUCAAACAGCUGCAACUGUUGUCACAGUCUCUUUUAUGUUCAUGGAAUUUGAUGAAAUUGUUCAAGUGUUAACAAAAUUGAAGAUCAAAUUUCCUAAUUUUGUGCACUUGAAGUUUAAGGAGACAAAUCUUGUGGCACUGCAGCAAUUCAAUGCAUUAGCCCAGGUGAAUCGAAUUGAACAGUUGACUGUUGAUCCUCAAGGAAAUCCAGUUGUCGGCUUCACUUUCUGGAAAUACUAUGUUCUGUUUAGACUGAACCAUUUUAAUUUACAGAAGAUAAAUGGAAUAGAGGUUACUCAAAAUGAUAUUGUAAUGGGUGAAAGGCUCUUCGGCAUUCUGGCCUAUGUAGCAUCUUCUGAGCUGCCACACUAUCGUAUGUUUUCACUACUUGGAGAAUCUAGGAGAAAGCAAAUCCACUAUCUGCUAGAGGGAAAGGGAAAGAAGUCUGGGACUGGAAAUGAGGAAAGUAAUGAUAACAGAAGAGCUGGAGGAGAAAGCACAGCUCGAGCCAUGUUGAAUUACACUACAAAGGACUUUCAUAUGGAAAAGCUUGAGGAAGUCAAGGACAGAAAAACACUUUGCCAGACAUACGUCGAGAACUUAGUGAAAGAAGCUGCUGACAUCAAUAUGAAAAAUGAAUCCUUGCAGAAGCUCUGGCCUCAAAUGUUCAUUGAGCUUGUCAGAGAUGCAGUGAUAGAAGUACGCAAUAAAAAUUCCUACAUGAAACUCUGCUUACAGCGGAUUGCUGAUCAAAAAUAGUAGAGUCAAGGCCUGUUGUUUUUGCAAGCUUUUGGUUUCCGUAUUAUAUGAUGUUUCACAGGCUUAAAACAAUAGAAUAUAAAAUUACCAUCAGUAUAGAACACUCCUCCCUUCCUCUUUUCCUCCUAAAUCCCCCCCAUUUGGGAUGCCUUUAAAUUUUAAUGAACUCUGUUUCCACUGUUUUCCUUCUUGGUAGUUUUCAAACAAAAAUUUACUUGUAUAAAGCUUUAACAAUGCUACUUUGGCUGAAGUAAUGAGAUAGCAUAGAAGUAAGUUGGUGAUUAUGCCAUGGCAUAAAUGUUUUUAUUAAACUCUUGUUUAUGUUUUUUCUGCUAUCCUUGUUGUUCUAGUGCUACUACAUUGAUUUUUAAGGAACAGCUUUAUUAUUUUUUAUUGAACACUUCUCAAUCACCUGACUAUUUUGACUGAUUUUUGACUAUUUGCUGCUGUUUAAAAAAUGAGAAUAUUAGGGAAUUUUUUAUGAGCAGAAG